UGUAGCUUACAUAUUCACUUCUCUCAGCGCACCGCUAACUACUGCAAACAAGUGCUAUAUUCAUCCAGCAUCAUUAUUUGCAUGCAAUGGAGCUCUUUGCAGAGGGGCUCUCUCCGAACCUGUGGAUUUUUACAUUGCUUUUAUGGACGUCUGCGAGUGCAUUUAACCUGGACACGCAAAACGUCCUCAGGAAGAAUGGUCAGCCGGGCAGCCUCUUUGGAUUCUCUCUAGCUUUGCACCGACAGCUUCAACCUACCGAUAAAAGACUAUUGUUGAUUGGCGCUCCCAAGGCCAGGGCUUUGUCCAAUCAGAAUGCAAACAUCACCGGUGGGCUGUAUAGCUGUGACAUCACAACACACCCCAAUGAUUGUAGACGGGUGGAGUUUGACAAUGAUGUGGAGGAUGGUGCGGAGAAUAAGGAGAACCAGUGGAUGGGUGUAACAGUCCAGAGUCAGGGACCUGGGGGCAAGAUUGUGACAUGUGCCCAUCGUUACCAGCGCUUGUUGUUUGCGAACACAGCCCAGGAGGCACGUGACAUCACUGGACGCUGUUACAUGCUCAGUCAGGACCUGAGCAUCGACAGCCAAUCAGAUGAGGAUGGAGGAAACUGGAAAUUCUGUGAUGGACGCACCAGGGGGCAUGAACGGUUCGGGGCCUGUCAGCAGGGCGUGGCUGCCACCUUCACCAAAGAUUACCAUUAUGUUAUCUUUGGAGCACCGGGGGCCUACAACUGGAAAGGUAUAGUGCGUGUUGAGCAGAAGAACAACACUCUGCUGGAAAUGGGCUUUUUUGAUGAUGGUCCCUUUGAGGUCGGGGAUGAAAACCGCUUGGAUCCAAAUCUAGUGCCAGUACCAGCCAACAGUUACUUGGGAUUCUCUCUGGAUUCCGGUCACAGUAUCACAGAGAAAGGAAAGCUCACCGUUGUGUCAGGAGCGCCGAGAGCCAAUCACAGUGGAGCCGUGGUGUUUCUGCGGAAGGAAGGCGAAAUGUCCACCAUGCUCACACCUGAACACAUUCUGGAAGGACCAGGCCUUGCAUCAUCAUUUGGAUAUGAUGUCGCCGUGGUGGACCUGAAUGGAGACGGAUGGCAGGAUGUUGUGGUCGGUGCGCCGCAGUUCUUCCAGAAAGAUGAGGAAGUGGGCGGGGCUGUGUAUGUUUACAUCAAUAAGGCUGGCAGGUGGAAGGACGUCAGCGCUACACGGCUGAACGGAACUAAAGACUCCAUGUUUGGACUGACUGUAGAGAACAUUGGAGACAUUAAUCUGGAUUCCUUUGAAGAUAUUGCGAUAGGUGCUCCAUAUACAGACUCAGGGUUUGGUAGUGUGUACAUCUAUCACGGAUCUGCUGACGGCAUCAAUACUAAACCAGCUCAGAUACUGGAGGGCAGACAGCACAACACUAAGAUGUUUGGCUAUUCUCUGGCCGGAAAUAUGGACCUUGAUCAAAACUCUUAUCCUGAUCUUGCUGUGGGCUCUCUCUCUGAUGCCGUUUUCAUAUACAGGUCCAAACCGGUCGUUAGCAUCAAGACAGACGUCAAGGUCACACCGAAAGAAAUCGACUUGAUGCAGAAAACAUGCGGCAACAGUAUUUGCUUGACUGUGGAAGCUUGUUUCUCAUACAAAGCAAACCUCCCCACCUAUAACCCGAAACUCACCAUUGUCUACACAUUCGAGGCAGAGUGGUACCGCAGAAAGCUGGGACUCCCAUCUAGAGUUGUGUUUCUGGAGAAGAGCGACAUGGAUCAGGACUUCCAGUCGUCUGGCACUUUGGAGAUACGGGGACAGAACAAAAAAGCUUGUUGCAAGACCAAACUCAGACUACAAGAAGGCAUUAGAGAUAAGCUGAGAGCAGUUCCUAUCGAGGUCCUUGUGGCCAUUCAAAGUGCCAAGAGAGGGAAAAGACAGAGCUCCCUGCCACAACUAGUGCCAAUACUGGACUCCACCGUGUCCAAUAAGACCAUAACUGAGGUGAACUUCUUGAAGGAGGGCUGCGGCACCGAUAACAUCUGCCAGAGUAACUUACACCUGCAGCACAGAUUCUGCUACAGAGAGACCAACCAGGAUGUGUUCCCUCCACUGCCGCUAGAGAACGGCGUUCCGGUGAUCUCUUUAAGCGAUCAGAAGGACAUCGCUCUGGAGGUCACAGUGAAGAACAGGAAUGGAGAUGACGCUCAUGAAGCCAAACUGCUGGCGCACUUUGACGAAUCUCUGUCGUACUCUGGAUUCCGAUCUUUUCGAACUACAGAUAAGCAUGUGAUCUGUGUGGCCAAUCAGAACGGGUCUCUGGCAGACUGUGAGCUGGGAAACCCAUUCAAACGGGAUUCAGAGAUAACGUUCUACAUCAUACUGAGCACCGGCAAGAUAUCCCUCGACACCAAAGAGGUUGAGAUCGACCUUCAGCUGGAAACGACCAGUUCACAGGAGGGGAUGGGCAAAGUGAAGGCAAAAGCCAGGGUUGUGAUUGAACUUCUGCUGUCUGUGCAAGGGUUGGCCAGGCCAUCUCAGGUCAAUUUCGGAGGUCAAAUCAGAGGCGAGAGUGCCAUGAAGUCAGAGGCGGACAUUGGCAGCGUGAUUGAAUAUGAAUUCAGAGUGAUCAACUUGGGGAAGCCGCUGAAGUCCUUUGGAACGGCUUCUCUGAACAUCCAGUGGCCCAGAGACAGCUCUUUGGGAAAAUGGCUGCUGUAUCUGACGAAGAUCAACACCAGAGGCCUGCAGUUAGUCACCUGUUCACCUGAGAAAGAGAUAAACCCUCUCGGACUCAGCGAGGAGUCCAAGUCAACCAGAAGAAAGCGAGAGCUUGAGGAGAGGAAAGCGUCUGAAGGGAGUAAAAUAUCUCUUUUCGCUGACAAGCGCAAGCAUAAGACGCUGUCAUGCACAGGAGAUGCCAAAUGCGUGGAGAUCAAAUGCCCCCUACAGGGCUUGGACAGCAGCGCGGCCAUCAUUUUGAAAUCACGGCUGUGGAAUUCAACUUUUCUUGAAGAUUAUUCAAACUACAAUUACAUUGAAAUCAUGGUGAAAGCUUCCAUAAGUUUGGAUGUUUCUGCCACCAACAUUGUGAUGAAGAAUCCUGCGACACAGGUGAAACUGACCGUGUUUCCCGAGACAACGGUGGCUCCGUUCGGUGGAGUUCCUUGGUGGAUCAUUCUUGUGGCCGUAUUAGCUGGAAUCUUAAUGCUGGCUCUCCUGGUUCUCUUACUCUGGAAGUGUGGAUUUUUCAAACGCUCGAAAUAUGAAGACAGCGUUCCGAAAUAUCACGCGGUGAGGAUUCGUAAGGAGACGCGUCUCUUGAAAGACGGAAAGGUCAUGUUAGAUCCUUUCGAGAAGAAGCAGUGGAUGACUUCAUGGGAAGAGAACGAGAGUUACUCUUGAGACCGUCUCUGCAUCCGCUGUGGACCAUUUUGCAUCAGGCAUCUCUGAUUGGGAAAGGCUGAGACUGUUGAAUGGAGACAUCACAGAAUAUCAGAUGGACAUGGAGAUGAAGUUUUACACAGCCACGUGUUUCUGAUGAUGGAGAAAUAACAGAGCGUCAACUCUUGGAUUAGCUCUGGGCCUGAAACCUCUCCCUUAAAAAAAUGUUUGUAUAUUUUUGAAAGAUGCAUGGGAUACCAAGACUGAAUUGUCUUGCUUUUGUUUGUAAAUAUUUUACAAUGCAGUUUAUUUAUUUUGUCUCGCAAUUUUGUAGUAAGAUGCCUGCGGUGCAUGGACUGGCCAAAGACUAUUUUUGAUGUCGUUCAGUAACUGUAAAUGGGAAUCUCAGGCAGGCAGUGGAAAUAAACAGAAAGUCACUACUGGUAAAAACGUACAUUGAUUCUUUAGUUUAGGCUGAAAUGCAUCAGCGGUCGCUACUGGAGCCGUUAACUACUACUACUAAGUUCAGAGAUAUUGUCACCAUAAAAUGCUUCCAAAUAUCUGUUGGCUUUGAACUCCGUUGGUUGGCAUUUUAACAGAUUUAAGAGACAAAUCUAGAAUUUUUUCCCCUUAGGGCCACAAG